CGGGGUGCGGCCCAUGGGCGACCCCUGAACAGGGGAGCCCUCGCUUCCUCCACGCCUGGCACUCCUCACCCAUCUCAGCCAGGAUGCCAACGAGGCGCUGGGCCCCAGGCACCCAAUGCAUCACCAAGUGUGAGCACACGCGCCCCAAGCCCGGGGAGCUGGCCUUCCACAAGGGUGACGUGGUCACCAUCCUGGAGGCCUGCGAGAACAAGAGCUGGUACCGCGCCAAGCACCACGCCAGCGGGCAGGAGGGGUUGCUGGCGGCGGGCGCACUGCGGGAGCGCGAGGCCCUCUCGGCGGACCCCAAGCUCAGCCUCAUGCCGUGGUUCCACGGGAAGAUCUCAGGCCAGGAGGCUGUGCAGCAACUGCAGCCGCCCGAGGACGGGCUGUUCCUGGUGCGAGAGUCCGCGCGGCACCCGGGCGACUACGUGCUGUGCGUGAGCUUCGGCCGUGACGUCAUCCACUACCGUGUGCUGCACCGCGACGGCCACCUCACCAUCGACGAGGCGGUCUGCUUCUGCAACCUCAUGGAUAUGGUGGAGCAUUACAGCAAGGACAAGGGGGCCAUCUGCACGAAGCUGGUGAAACCCAAGAGAAAGCAGGGCACCAAGUCAGCGGAGGAGGAGCUGGCCAAGGCCGGCUGGUUACUGAACCUGCAGCAUUUGACCUUGGGAGCACAGAUCGGAGAAGGAGAGUUUGGAGCCGUCCUGCAGGGUGAGUACCUGGGACAGAAGGUGGCCGUGAAGAACAUCAAGUGCGACGUGACAGCCCAGGCCUUCCUGGACGAGACGGCGGUCAUGACGAAGAUGCAGCAUAAGAACCUGGUGCGUCUGCUGGGUGUCAUCCUGCACCAGGGCCUCUACAUCGUCAUGGAGCACGUGAGCAAGGGUAACUUGGUGAAUUUUCUACGGACGCGGGGCCGGGCUCUUGUGAACACCCCCCAGCUCCUGCAGUUUUCCCUGCACGUGGCCGAGGGCAUGGAAUACCUGGAGAGCAAGAAGCUGGUGCAUCGAGACCUGGCUGCCCGGAACAUCCUCGUGUCCGAGGACCUGGUGGCCAAGGUCAGCGACUUUGGCCUGGCCAAAGCUGAGCGGAAGGGGCUGGACUCCAGCCGGCUUCCAGUCAAAUGGACGGCACCCGAGGCUCUCAAACACGGGAAGUUCUCCAGCAAGUCGGACGUCUGGAGUUUCGGGGUGCUGCUGUGGGAGGUCUUCUCAUAUGGCCGGGCUCCGUACCCCAAAAUGUCGCUGAAGGAGGUGUCAGAGGCCGUGGAGAAGGGGUACCGCAUGGAGCCCCCCGAGGGCUGCCCGGGUCCCAUCCACGCCCUCAUGGGCAGCUGCUGGGAGGCUGAGCCCGCUCGCCGGCCGCCCUUCCGCAAACUGGCUGAGAAGCUGGCCCGGGAGCUGCGCAGCGCGGGCGCCUCGGCCCCCAACGGGGGGCAGGAUGCAGACGGUCCCACCUUGCCCCGCAGCCAGGAGCCCUGACCCUGCCUGCGGGGCCUCGGGCCCCAGAGGACUGAGACAGUGGGGGGCACAGGGUGGGGACUCGGGCCAGGCCUGAGGAGGGGCAGGGCCAGCGAGCUGCC